UUCCUGUCCGUUGCGAGAGCGCGCGCGCGCGCGCCGGCUGGCUGGCUAGCUAACUCGAGCUGACGAGGAAGAGGGCGGAGGCGCGUGAGGAGACAGAGACUGCCUCGCCCCUUCCUUCAUUUGGUUGCAGCUGUUGACGGGGCGGCUUCCUCCUCCCUUGCAUCGCUUUGCCUGCCUGCGAGUCGCUGCCUCCGCCGCGGGCGCCGUUUUUUCUAGGCAGCUAGGGACCCUAUUUCUUCAUAUUUCUCGCCGCCGCCGCCACCCUCCCGCUCGGGAAUCGUUUCCCCCCCCUUGCUUUUUUUUUCUGAACCCGCGCGGAUACCCCUCGUUUCCUCGCUUUGGCCGCCAUGAACCCCAGUUGCGCCCGUUGUGGCAAGAUCGUCUACCCGACCGAAAAGGUGAACUGCCUCGACAAGUACUGGCAUAAGGCAUGUUUCCACUGUGAAGUCUGCAAGAUGACCCUCAAUAUGAAGAACUACAAGGGCUAUGAGAAGAAGCCAUACUGCAAUGCACACUAUCCAAAGCAGUCAUUCACUAUGGUGGCAGACACUCCAGAGAACCUGCGUCUGAAGCAGCAGAGUGAGCUUCAGAGUCAGGUCCGCUAUAAAGAAGAGUUUGAAAAGAAUAAAGGGAAAGGCUUUAGUGUGGUGGCUGACACCCCUGAAUUACAGCGAAUCAAGAAGACUCAGGAUCAGAUCAGUAAUAUAAAAUAUCAUGAAGAAUUUGAGAAGAGCAGGAUGGGCACACCUGGUGGAGAAGGAGGGGAACCUGAACGUCGCAAUUCCCAGGAGGGUGCUAAUUACAGGAGGCCAAUGGAGCAGCAACCACCUCCACACCAGCAACCUCAUCAUGUCCAGCCAAGUACCCCUGUUUAUCACCACCAGCCGCCGCCACAACAGCCUGCCUCUCAGUCUUUUGGCUACAAGGAACCAGCGGCACCUGUCUCAAUACAGCGUAAUGCUCCAUCUGGAGGAGGAAAGCGGUUCCGUGCAGUCUAUGAUUACAAUGCAGCUGACGAGGAUGAAGUCUCUUUCCAGGAUGGUGACACCAUCAUCAAUGUGCAGCAGAUUGAUGACGGUUGGAUGUAUGGCACGGUUGAAAGGACCGGCGAUACGGGCAUGCUUCCAGCCAACUAUGUGGAGGCUAUAUGAGCUCCACUCUGGUGCCACCCUGAAAGCAAGCAGGAGAGGGCUCUCGUGUGCUUCUUGUUCCAUUCAUUAUCCCUUUUCUGCUGUUUCAUCACACAUUGGUUUAUUAUCUUCUGAACCUCUGAUAUGGCCAUCUUUUACUCUUCUGCCAACAUAGCCUUGUGAGGCAUUUGAACUUGGGGUGGGUGUCUUUUUUCAUUACUGUAUAAGACUUUUCUCAAAGGCCAGCUGUCCUCCCAUCCUCUUUCUUAGCUUUCAUGGAACAUGGCACUGUGUCUUCAUCAUCCCGAAAUAUCUGCCCUUUGGUAAAUUAAUUGGAUCCAGUAUGAAGUAAAUGCAUCCUAAUUAAACUGCUACAGGGAAUCAAGAAAUAGUGUAGAGAAAUCCAGCCCAGGAACCAAUGCCAUGCUUAUUUUGGGGGGGAAUGUGCAGUUAUGUGGUAACUUUGGGAGAACCUCAGAUUCCAUUGAAAAUUUUAUCCAGGACCUCAGUUUGCAUGCUGACCCUUGCUCAUGUAUAUUCUGUUAAAUCUUCUUUUUCUAUUAGCUUUAAAUGUAAGUUUGGAGGAAAUCACAGCAUUUGUUUAAAAGCAGGAGAGCCUUGGGCAAAAUCAAAACAACCAGCAUAUCUGUGAGAUUAAAGCCAAAGUAGGUGCUGCUAUAGAGGUGGAGAGAAAUUUAGGAGAAUAAUGGUAAUUCUAGUCAGUAUACUCAAGUAUUGGUUCUUGGGUACCAUGGCUAAGAAGAGAAAAUAUCUACAUAGGCUUGAUGUGGGGCAUGUGGUAAACAUGCAUUCUGUGUUUCUGGGGAGAAGGGGCUUGACAUAAAAUGGGCUCAGGAACUAAACCUGCUACCCAGGACUUUGCUGGUAAUGAGUAUCAACUCAGUUUUGGUGCUACCUCCCAGCCUCUAAGAAUGUGAGUAGGGACAUCAUAUUUGACAUGCUUCCAGCCAGUUUUGCUGCUCUUUCUUUUACCCUAAAGUUUCAGUGAAUUUUUGAAGCAGCCUAUGCAAGACUAUCUCAGCAAAUGCCUGCAUAUAAAGCCUUCUAGGGGGGGGAAAAACCCUGAUGUCAGUGUUCCCUUUUUCUAUCAGUGUCCAAAAUUUUGUUGGUAGUUAAUGUGUGGGAAAAUAUGAAUGAUGGCAGACCUACACAAAAGCAUCAAACAAAUGCUGUGGAGGUGCUAAUAUUGGGACCAGUUGCUGUUUUUAAAUGGAGGGUAUUCCUGGGGAUCUACUGAAGGUUGAUCCUGUGCAGAGUGCUUUUUCUCCUAAACCCAAGUCCCUGUUAGCCAAAGACAGAGUAGUAAAUGCCUCCAUCUCCCUGUCUUGUAGCUUUGAGCCAAGCAAUGUUUACAGUUUUCUAUCCUCUCUCCAUUGCCCCCUAGCCAGCUAGGCGAUUGGGUCAACAGGUCAGGGGAGCAAAUGCCUUGCACUAGAAACAUACCUCUUCCCCCUUUUCUGGUAUCAAGCUGGCAUACUGUUGUUGGCUUGGGAUAGUAUCAUGGACCAAAAGCAAAUUCCAUGGACUGUUUUACAGUAAAAAUAGCAGGGAACAACUAUAACUGGAAAUUUAUAAGGCUGGGAAUGCGUGAUAGAAGAACAGAGGCCAGGCAGACAACCUUCAAAGCAGGAGUGAGAAUUUUCAGUCACCAUUAAUUCAUGCUCUGCACACUGACUGCUGCUUCUGCUACUUUUAAAGAUCUGCAGUCAUUUAAAUGUUGGCAAAGAAGAGCAAACCCUGUUCAAAUAAUACGUACCCUGCUUCUCAGAACUGAUAUCUGUAACACAUUUAGAUGUGAGGUCAUUAAUUGCUUCAGAUGGAAGUGAUGCCUGGGAAGUACCCAUAGUAUGUAAAAUGUGAAGUAGCUUUAUGGUAAUGGACUUUGUCCUGACCAGGACAGUUGAAACAGAUUGAUGAGCUGAACUUCUGGAGAUACAGUUUUUAAACUUUUUACAUACACACCCCAGUAAUGCUUCUCUCUAGACACUUUUGUGAAGAGAUGCUUGGUUACACUGAAUCCCUUCCUGUUUUUUAGUUAUUUUUCCAGUACAUGUUAUACAUAAGGACCAGAUUUUAAAAAGCUUGCAUAUAUGUGUUCUUGAUUCUCCCCCCCCCCAUUCCAGUCCCCUCCUCCUGUGCAUAGCAGCAGCAUAUCAGAGACUAGCCUUCUCUCCACAUUAUUUCCACUCUUUCUGUGGACUUUGUGGUGCAGAGAAAGAAUAAAGGGUAGAAUUUAAAAUAACUUAAAAGCAUCAGCUUAAGCACCACUCUUUACAAGAGAUGCAAAAUAGGCUUACGUUAAGCAAGAGGGUAAGGAGAACUUUCUCCCUCAGAUGUUUAAAUUGAAAACAGAGAGAUGCUUCAUUUUAUAAUUUCUUUGUACCCAGUAGAGUGCAAGAUGCUAGUGUCUUUAGCUUAAUCUCACAGGAGGAUUUUAAAUAUCUUGGGGAGAUGCCUGCCCCAGUUUUGAUUUGACAUUCUUGCAUAUCCCUCAGUUCAGAGGCAGAAAUAGUGACCAAAUGAUCAGAUCAUUCUUUUAGAAAGGUAAGAGAAGCACAAAUGUUUUUAUGAUUUUUUUUCUCUUUAAAAUAUCCUGGUCACUACUUUUCCUUUGUACACUUGCACUAGUGAAAAAAGUGUUCAAUGGAGGAGCGUUUCAGUCUUGUCUUCACCAUUUCUAUAUCCCAAGGAGAACCGUUUGUAGAAAUAGAAUGGUCAGUGAGAAUGAUGGCAGCUUUUUCUUCAAGACCGUUUCUAGAGGGAUGUAGAAGUUUAGGGGCCAUCUGACAUUGGGUGUGAGCUUUCAGAUGGUGUCCCCAAGGGUGGCUGCUGUGCAGAGGUCACAUUCUUCUUGGUGCUAACACAGAAGCACAAGUUUAGUAAUGGCUGUUUUUCUAACAGAUGAGAAAGGCAAAAUCAUGUACAGACAAUCCUUAACAAGGACAGCGUUUUGUGAAGAAGAUACAAAGUAACAUAAUGUGAAUAAUUAUUUUUAGAGGACCAAAUAAAAGUGCUCAUUUUUUAAUCUCCUAGCUUUUUCACCUUUGUCUUGGGAGAAAGGUUUCUCACUGCUAGAUUUUUUUCUGCCUUCUUUGACUUAUGCACUUUUGCCUUUGAUUUUUUUUCCAUUAGCUGAAAAGCACCUAAACCUGUAUUUAAAUAAAUAAAAUUGUAAAACAAGAAAAACAGCUAAAUUGCAUCUGUGUAGCCAUUUUUAUUCAUGUCUAGUCUUUUGUACAUCUUAGCUUUUCAGGCUAGAUCUCAGUGUCUGAUAUUAGAAUGACUUUUUGUUUGUUUGUUUGGAGUAUAUUUUGGGGAUUUCAUCUGUUGUCUUUGUGUAUUUCUUCUUUAUGGGCAUGCAUGCCCUCUCCAAAAGUCAUUUGGUCUUUUUCAAUGGCACCGUAGAAUCAAACAUAGUACCAGUUAUCUUCUGGUUUACACCAAUUUGAAAAUAAAAAUAUAAUUUUUAUCUA